UCCACGGCUUCCCUCAGUAAACAUGGCGAGUGCAGGCUCGGCCGUGGCUUCGCUGUGGACCGAGGUGAACCGCUGCGGGCAGAAUGGAGACUACACCAGAGCCCUGAAAGCUCUCACGAAGAUUUUACAGGACAACAGGGAGGACGUGACGGCCCUCCACUGCAAAAUAGUGUGUCUGGUCCAGAAUGGGAGCUUCAAGGAGGCUCUGAAUGUCAUGAACACACACUCUAAAGUGCUCGGCAGUGAAGUGGUGUUUGAGAAGGCGUACUGUGAGUACCGGCUGAACCGGGUGGAAAGUUCUCUGAAGACCAUCGAAGGUGCUGCUGAGCAGACGGACAAGCUGAAGGAGCUCUACGGCCAAGUGCUGUACCGGCUGGAGCGCUACGAUGAGUGCAAGUCGGUCUACACAGACCUGAUCCGGAACUCCCAGGACGAGUACGAGGAGGAGAGGAAGACCAACCUGGGCGCCGUGGUGGCCGCCAUGAGCCAGUGGGAGAAGGCUCAGAUGGACAGCCUGGGCCUCCCGGAGUCCACCUAUGAGCUCUGUUACAACGCUGCCUGCUCUCUGAUCGGCCAGGGACAGCUGACCGAGGCGCUCAACAAGCUGCGGCAGGCGGAAGAGCUGUGCAGAGUCUCGCUGGCAGAGGAUUCUGACGUCACAGAGGAGGACAUCGAGUCGGAGCUGGCAGUCAUCCACUCUCAGAUGGCCUAUAUCAUGCAGCUGCAGGGCCGGACAGAUGAGGCUCUGCAGCUCUACAACCAGGUCAUCAAGCUCAAGCCGUCUGAUGUGGGGCUGCUCGCCGUCACCGCCAACAACAUCAUCACCAUCAACAAGGACCAGAACGUGUUCGACUCCAAGAAGAAGGUGAAGCUGACCAACGCUGAGGGUGUGGAGUACAAGCUGGCCAAGAAGCAGCUGCAGGCCAUCGACUUCAACAAGGCUCUGCUGGCCAUGUACACCAACCAGGCCGAGCAGUGCAGGAAGCUGUCGUCCAGCCUGCAGUCCCAGAACCCCCGGCACCCGCUGCCCGUCCUCAUCCAGGUGGCCCAGCUGAGCAGGGAGAAGCAGCACAGCAGGGCGGUGGAGCUGCUGCAGCAAUUCUCAGAUCAGAACCCAGACAAGGCUUCUGGCAUCAAGCUGACCAUGGCUCAGCUCUACUUAGUGCAAGGUCAUGUAACAAAAGCCUGUGAUGUCCUGAGAUCUAUUGAAGAGUUCAAGCACAAAUCGGGGAUGGUUUCGGCUCUGGUCACCAUGUACUCCCACGAAGAAGACAUCGACAGCGCCAUCGACGUUUUCAAACAGGCCAUCGAGCAUUACCAGUCUGAACAGCCCGGCUCUGCUGCGCACCUGGCUCUCGUACGAGAAGCCGCCAAUUUCAAACUGAAGUAUGGGAGGAAGAAAGAAGCCAUCAGCGACCUGGAGCAGCUGUGGAAACAGAACACCAACGACGUGCACACGCUGGCCCAGCUCAUCUCCGCCUACUCUCUGGUGGACACAGACAAAGCCAAGGCCCUCAGCAGACACCUGCCCUCUGCAGACACCAUGUCCUUCAACGUGGACGUGGACGAGCUGGAGAACUCCCACGGAGCCACGUACGUCAGGAAGAAGGCCGCCAAAGUAGUCGGAGAAAACCUCCCCAAAGAGCAAAGCCACGGCGAAAUCAAAAAGAAGAGGAAGAAGAAGAAAGGCAAACUGCCCAAGAACUACGACCCCAAAGCCGCCCCGGACCCCGAGAGGUGGCUGCCCAUGAGGGAGCGCUCCUACUACCGAGGCAAGAAGAAGGGCAAGAAGAAGGAGCAGAUCGGGAAAGGAACGCAGGGAGCCACCGCAGGAGCCACAGCAGAACUAGACGCCAGUAAGACGGCCAGCAGCCCCCCCACAUCCCCCCGGCCCGGGUCGGCGGCGGGCUCGUCGACCGCUGCUGCCGGCGGAGUGGUCCCACCUCGACAGCAGAAACCCGCAGCCUCAGGAGCCACCCGCAAGAAAGCACCACAGAAGAAGAAGAAAGGCGGGAAAGGAGGCUGGUAGGCGGAGCCAAGGAGACCGUCGACAUCCGAGUGGCUGAGAAAUCCCAAGAUUUAUCUUCCAACCUCUUUUCUUUGGCUGUUUAUUGAAAACCCCUCCCAUCAUUGAUCUGUCGCCUUGAUAAAGGACAGAAGAGACGAUAUCAAGAAGAGUUCACAGAACGCUCUGUUAACGUCACUAUGGAAUCAGUUACUGUUCUGCUUGAGUGUGCAUCAAAACAGGAUCCUUCAGCGUUGCAGUCCGAUGAGCAGACUGUAUUUUCACCUUCCACAUGGACUCUGUCUCAGAAAGGUUUGAAUGAAACGCCGUGUCGUUGCAGAGAGUUAUCAGUGCUGGCUCUAACCAGAGGAACCUGGCUGCACUCAAAGUUCUGCUUUUAGAGGAACAGUCCCUUCUUCAUUUCUUCUACACUGAUGGUCCGUGCCACAUGUGACACCUUUCUAUUUUCGGGCCCCUGCAGCCAGUCGAUUAUUUAAAUGUUUGUGUCCAUCUGAAGGGUUUUCCUUGUCUUCACUUGGCCAAACCAGUGUCUCCAUUUGUUAACGUCUCAAUAAAACUUUGAACAGCA